AAGGACCAACGGUCUCGUUUCUGGGGUGUGUACAAAAGAGUCGCGGAGGAACACGACAGUGAGUUCCUCGAGCGAUACACGAGCGAUAUGAACAUCGUCCUGAUCUUCUCCGGUCUUUUCUCUGCUGUCGGCACGUCUUUCAUUGUCGCGAUGGAGUCAGAUUUCAGUCCCGACCCUAGCGACACCACGAAUGCCCUGUUGAGGCAACUCGUGCAGAUCGGACUCGGAAAUCUCGCUGAGGCAGGCUCCAUUCCCGUAGACCCAGCAUCUGGGUGGUCUCCGACCGCGUCGACCUUAUGGGUCCAAACGAUCGCAUAUGCGAGUCUGUCCAUGAGCUUGCUCGCUGCAUUCGGGGCGGUGCUGGGAAUGCAGUGG